UUCUGUGUAAAGCGGUACAAUGUUGCGAUCGCAAGGGGUUAAAGCUGUUCAUACGAGCGCAUCGCCGUGUCCAUGAAAGCGAUGAAGAACUACUUGGACAGCGCAAACUGGAAGACGACACAUCAGACAAAGAAAAACAGGACCUAAAAACGAAAGGCGGAUGUCAAGCACCUAGCUAUUGUGCGUGAGGGAAAAAAAGUAGUGGCAUCUUUAGCAUUUUUUUUCCCAUUAUGGAUAUUUGUAACUGACCAGAGACUCUGCAGCUUGACAGGCUACGUGCAUGGGCAUUAAUAGCAAUUAUUUACUCUGUAAUAUUGCUUCCAUUAUAUAUAUAUUUUUAGCCAUGGCAUGACGCUGAAUUGUCACCGAUGCUGAGACUUUUAUCAAGUAGGAUCGGGGAGACAAUAAAAUCACCAUGUACUAUGACAAAAACGUGAUUUGUUUUGAUUAUGCAUCACUGACUGACCAAGAGCUGAAGAUUUAAUAAAAUGAUUCUUCCAUGAUUUCAACUAAUUCCAAUGAGGUCUGUAAAUCAUCGCAUGGAAGAUCUUAGUGCAUCCUUACAGGAAGACACAUGCUCUGGAUGUUACAUCUUGCUCUUGCGCUUAGAACAUUCUCAUUUGGGACGAGCUUGAAGCAUUUCUAAAAACGACCGAUCACAAGUUCUGUUUAUCCUCGAAGCGAAGACUCGUGACUCGUCUUUCUGUAUUUUCUUUUUUGCUCUUAAAGAAUGCGAAGUUUCCUUUUCAAGGUGCUUUGUCUCUUAGCCUGCGCGCUGUCCGCGCACUGCACGCCCGCGCCAGAAACCGAGGCGCACGCGACGGCGUCGCGCGAUUCGUGCGCAUCGUGCGGUCUCGCGCAGCCUGCCGACUCGGGGAGGAUGGACGCGGAGUUCGUGGAGGCAGUCAAGAGACACAUCCUGACCAGGCUGCAGAUGAGGGAGAGACCCAACAUCACUCAGUCCAUACCAAAGGCGGCCAUGGUGACCGCGCUGCGAAAGUUGCACGCCGGGAAGGUGCGCGCGGACGGCAGGGUCGAGAUCCCCGAAGUGGACGGGCACGCGAGUCAUGCCAAUGACGUCGAGGAGGAAACGUCAGAAAUCAUAAGUUUUGCAGAGACAGACGAUUUGCUGUCUUCAAAGUCCAGCCUUUUCUUCAUCAUCUCCAAUGAAGGCAACCAGAACCUCUAUGUGUCUCAGGCGAACCUGUGGUUGUACUUUAAACUUCUGCCUAGUUUGUUGGAGAAGGGCACUCGAAGGAAGGUUAUGGUUAAAGUGUACUAUCAAGAACCUGGCCUGGGCAGCAAGUGGAACCUGGUGGAGAAGCGUGUGGAGCUGAAACGCAGUGGCUGGCACACGUUCCCUCUUACUGAUGCUGUGCAACUUGUGUUCUCCAAAGGUACACGAAGGCAGAACCUGGAUGUUCGGUGCGAAGGCUGCGAGGAGGCAGGCGUUUUGCCUGUAUUGGUGAACUCGGGUGAUGAGUCACACCGACCAUUCUUGGUGGUGCAGGCACGUGCAACAGACAGCAAGCACCGCAUCCGCAAACGCGGCUUGGAGUGUGAUGGUACCAGCGGCCUGUGCUGCCGCCAACAAUUCUACAUUGACUUCCGCCUCAUUGGCUGGAACGACUGGAUCAUCGCCCCAUCAGGCUACUUUGGCAACUACUGUGAGGGAAACUGCCCCGCAUACAUGGCUGGCGUUCCAGGGUCAGCAUCGUCGUUUCACACCGCUGUAGUGAACCAGUACCGAAUGAGGGGGAUGAGUCCAGGCUCCAUGAACUCCUGCUGUAUUCCCACCAAACUCAGCACCAUGUCCAUGCUGUAUUUCGAUGAUGAGUACAACAUUGUCAAGCGCGAUGUUCCCAACAUGAUCGUGGAGGAGUGCGGAUGCGCUUGAAUGGGGAUUUUUAAGGACUCGUCACUCUGUAAACCUUGAUGGAACAAAUUAUUGUAAAAUGAUAUUUAUGAACAGCUGGGUAAACAAUUACCUUGAUGUCCACACCCACACACCCAUGCAUGCACAAAUCUUUUGUACAUAUAUUUAUGUUGGUUAAUAUCUUCCUGGUAGACUCAUUUAUAUGUGAUACAGUCUUAUUCUAUGAGCACAGGUUUGUUCAGUAGGUAUUGAAGUCAAAGGAAUAACAAAGUUGUGUUCCAGUUUAUUGCUGGUUCUUUGCUUCUCUUCUCUAAAAUGUCCAUGUUGGGAAAUUGAGAUGAGAGGAGCCUUAGGAACGAGUCUUUCCCCACAAAACCCCCAGAAUUUCUAAACUAUGCCUCUUUCACUGUAUACAAAAGCACUGACCAACUCCCCAUUUAAUCCUUUCAACAGUAGCACUUCGCUUAACCACUCCAUUGGAAAACACGACAACUGAUCCAUUUUAGAGUCUCCAUCAAGCAGUAUUCAUCUGUCAAACUCGGUCAAACAACUGACCCAUAUUGUUUUAGACAUGCUGCAUUCUCAAGUACUCAUGUUAGUGGGGCUUAUUACCACGGGACAUGAGUAAGCAUUUUGUCAUUACUUAGUACAAGGGCUUUUUAUAUAGCAGGAGACAUGCAUUUAGUUUUCUGUAAUGCUUCACUCCUGAGUGCUUAUUUGUGUAAACAAAUCUGCACACAGAGUGAAGGGAAUUAUGUCUCUCAAUCUCUGCUUGUGUGUCUGUAACAGUGCUGUUUGCUGAAAAGAAAAACUCCCAAAAGUACUUAAAAGAACAUUUCUUCUCUCAAGUUGCCAUUUUUUCAGUCGGCAAGGGGUGCAGUAUCAUAAUUGCAAAAAAGAAGAAAUAAAUAAACCCUAAAUGCACAAUUUAUAGCACUUGCUAAUUGAAAUGCCUUUAAAGGGUAACAAGUGGCACACCUGUGCUCGCUCACAAUCCUUGUUUUCAAAUAAGUGCCACACGAACUAUGCAAUGUAUAGAACCAACCCACUUCUGACAAACUAGCUAGUAGGUGUAUGCUAUAUUUCAAUACUUGAAAUGUCUUUCGCUUCCUUCUCUGAAUGAAUGGUUGUUAUGAUGUUAUGAUCUUUGCACUGAAAAAGGCGCAUUAUGAGUAAAAGAAAAGAAAAAAAAACUUGCCAUUGAUAUAAAAGCUAUUUUUAUAGACAUGAAAUAAAUUCUGUUCAAAUGUAUUAUACGGAACCGUGGAACCAAAGAGGCCAAGAUUUUUCUUUAGCUAUGAUAAGAUGGCAUUUCUUUAGCUAUUAUAAGAUGACCAUCGCAUUGUUAUGUAAAAUACAUUUUUUUUGAUCAUGCAAAUGGCCUAAACACUGUAUCAGGGUACCAUAUUAUGGAUUCCAUUUUCAGCUCGAUUCACUUUCUUUCUUAUUUUGUACAGUAGAUAAAUGGAAUAUUUCAUAUUUUUUCAUCAACUUUAAUAUUUUUGGUUUUCUAUUUAAUACUUCUAGUUCCUUUUGCAGAAUCAUUUAGAAUCAAAUACGUGCCACCUCUGUACAGCGUAUGUAAGAUAAAGAAUGCUUUUAAAUAUUUUGUUCUUUGUAACUGUUAUAAAUAAAUUCCUUAUUCUGCA